UGCAGACACCUGCUUUCAUCACCCCUGAUUUGUCACACCCCUGUCACAUGAUCAUUUAAAGACAUCAGCCUCAACAACCAGCUGUGAACAUCAAUACUAAAUUAGAGCUCUUUCUGUUCUUGUCUCUGUUAGCAGCCAUUUAGCUAUUAAAUGCAUCUUUCUAUUGCACUGAUCUCACAACAUUCAUGGCAGGAAAGCUGUUUUUUGCUCCAAUUCCCAAGUUCAGCAUCAUUAUCAGCUUCAUGUCGUGUAUAACACUGGUGUUAGAACAGGCCAGUUAAUUCUAUGCCAAAAUUACUGUGUGGACAGAUAUCAGAUUCAUGUUAAAAUGAAAAUGUAUGUGGGGAUGUUAAAUCUUUCAAAUGGAAGGAAAUAAUUGCACAGAUAUAUAAAAGUGUUCCUUGCGUGGGUAAAAGUUUAAAAUAAUGUUGAUUUGUUCAGUGUUUACAGUUUCCUGUUUUAUGGAAAUAUGUUUUUCUACCAUUGGUUUCCAUUCUGUUGUAAUAAAGAGCGAAUUUUGCAAAUCUGUUUUUCUUGUUGAACCUGUCUGUAAGAAGUGUGUCGACCUAAUCUCCUUAGGUUCACUGAAGUGGCCACGCUGUCAGAUGGUUGCUUUAAUCCUCUCUCUCAGUUUCUCUUCCUCGUUCAUCCCCAGCAGUCCAAUCGGCUCACAUUUUCAUGCACAAGCACCACUUACAGCCAAGCAUGAGUCUGUGAAAGCCCCGAAAAGACACAGCGAGAAGAGGAGUGUGAAGUGCUGAGGUCAUGUGGAGCAUGACUUGUAUUAUCCAGUCAUGAGCUCAAACACGCAGCAAGUCACUGUAUUUCUGAUCAUAACUUUGCUCCUUUUCAUCAAUGCCUGGCUGCUGCUACAGGUUGUUUUUGGAUAAGAGGAGGAGGUGUCCGCACUUGCGCCGUCCUCUUCAGAUCUGCAGGUCGGUAAAGUGGACUGUAAUGUGACCAACAGAGGAGAGGAGUCGGCGGUAGAGGCCAUGGCCGGGUCAGCUGCUUGUUGUCCGGUGCUAGCCACGUCUUUUCAGAGCUAAUGCUUACUUAGCCGUCGACCGUCAGCAUCCCGUCGGACCACCGCGGACGGCGCACCGCGACCUUGGGGGCGUUGUCAUGGAUCUGACCCGGUUGGCUGUGGAUGCUGGACAGUUCAUCAACCGGGCAGUUCAGUACACGGAGGAGACUCUAGGCCAGGCUGACAGAACAGAGCUGGACCCGGGUCUGGAGGAGCUCCUCAACAGGGCAGAUGCCACCAAGACGUGGACGGACCAGAUCAUCAGCCAGACAGAAGUUUUACUGCAGCCCAACGCAGGAGCCCGUUUGGAGGACCGGCUGUACGAGCAACUGGACUGGCAUGUCCCACCUCGGCCCCGCACCCACGAAGUACUGGGAGAGCAGCUGACCCACGCUGGGCUGGAACUGGGCUCCACCACACCUUAUGGAUCUGCACUGAUCAGGUGUGGAGAGGUUCAGAAGCAGCUGGGUGAGGCAGAGAGAAAGUUUGUGCAAAGCACUAACAUCCACUUUCUUACCCCUCUGCGGAGUUUCACUGAGGGCCAGUACAGAGCCAUACAGGAUGAGCGCAAGACGUUGGUUAAUAAGCGUUUGGACUUGGACAUAGCAAAAAGCAGGCUGAGGAAAGCCCACGAGGCCGACAGAGAGUCCAGAAAUCUAAAUGUCAACCCAUUGCAGGACGACUACGUGGCUCACGUCUCCUACAUGUUCAGCUUCUUACGUGUUAAAUGGCUCAAGAUGUGGGCUCAGGAAAUCUGCCAGGCAGAGAUGGAGCUGAGAAUCUGUCAGAGCCUGUUUGAUCGACAGUCAGAAAUAACAAAACAGCUUCUGGACGGACUCAGCAACACACACACCAACCACAUGCGCAGCCUGGUGGACUUCGUGGAGGCUCAGGCCUGUUACUUUGCCCAGUGUAACCAACACGCUCAGGAGCUGCAGAAACAGCUGGCCAGUAUUCCAUCUGUCCUCUGCUCCAAUAACUGGCAGUCUGGAAUUACUAAUGCACUUAAUCAGCCAUCCACAAGUGACGGUGUCGUCGACGAGCCCAUCAGGUUAGAUCAGGUCCGUCCAGCUCCCGUUGUCCUUCAUCGACUUCCAGACUUCGACCAAGACUCAUGGACUGCACAUCCUCCGACUGGAAAAGACACGGCACUGGAGUCCUCUGCAAACACAUCACCGCCUGACAACACAAAUACCAACAAUAACAAUAACACCUGCUCUGCUGAAAGCCACUGUUCAUCAGCCGACAGCCACUCUGCAGCCAAGGAAACGUCCAGUCACAUCUGUACAUCGGACUCAGACAGUCCACCCACAGAUCAGCUCUCAGCCAGUACACGGAUGACAACGGAAACAGGUUCAGCUGAGGGGCACCAUGAAGCAGCAUUAGGAGGUGUAGGCAGCAGUCACACCUUAGAGCUCAGGGGAGCCACAGUUCAACCUCAGAGGGAAAAUACAGUAGAUAAUGAGGAGACAGGGACGUCUAAUGACACGGCUGCAGAGCCUCUAACUAGCGAUGACAACAGUGGGCGAGAUGCCCACCAGCAGUGACAAAGAUGUCCAGAAGACUUCAUCAGUCACACAGGACAUUCAGAGACAAGAGUAGACCGAGAAAUAUAUUCAUGCAGGGUUUUUUUUUAUUUGAACAACA